UCAUACAUUCCUUGCGCGGCGCUCAGCUGUCACUUGUCGGUGCAGUUCCGCUCCGCGCCGCGAACAGCCAGUACUCCGCGCUUCUCCGCCAUGUGGGCAACAAUGGACUGAGUCGACAUAACCUCUCACUCGCUCUCUUUGCAAUUUUUUUUUUCUUUUCGUGUUUCAACUUUUCCUCACCCACCCGGGUGGGGAAUAAAAAAACAUACAUGACCGGCUCUUCGCUAUAAAACGAUUGUUGUGCUUCACCGCUUUGAAGUCGAUGGAUGCGGCGUCGAAAACGAAACUGGAACCUUAACGAACGACUUAUCUUUCCACUGGGGAGCUAGAAAAUUUGCGGCCUCCCGAUGUGCCUGCCCAAGCAGCUGUGCGCCGCCCUGCACGUGCUGUGGAGCCUGGUGUACGUCGGCGCGGGCUCCGUCCAGCUGGUCGCCGGCAUCUUCUUCUUCAUCUCGCUGCCUGUGUUCCGCGUCGGCUCCAACAUCUGGACCGGUGCCUGGAACAUCGUGGUCGGCGUGGGCGCGGGCAUGCUCUCCUGCGUGGGCGACCUGAACUACAAGCGGCAGGAGGCGCUGCUGUUCCUCGCAGUCUCACUGCUGGCCGUGAACGUGGUGAACGCCGUCUUGCUGGAGGUGGGCGAGUGGCACUUCUUCCUCAGCGACUCCGCCCGGCAGGUCAUCGCCCAGAAGAGCUCCCGCGUGCUCGUCUUCUACGCCCACGUCACUACGAGUGUGAGCACGGCGGUGGCCAUUGUGAUCUCCUUCCUGGACAUCCAGCUCACAUACUGCUCCAUGCAGCGAACGAGAGAAACGAAGAAUGUCCACGAGCAGGUGUCCGACAUAGAGUACAUUAUCCCGAGGAAGAAGCCCAACACGGUCGCGAAGCAGGCGCACAGCAUCUACAGCCAGUACGCGCAGUCGUGGGUGUUCGACACGGACACCACCGGCUCCUCCAAGAACGACUCGCCCUACCUGAAGCUGCCGCACGCGUCCCCGCAAGAGGCGAGCAAGACGGCGACCAUCAGGGCGCUGAAGAGCGCCGUGGUGGAGGUGGCGGGCGAGGCGGGCCGCGACCCCACCAUGUUCCUGGUCAACCCGGUGGUGCACGUGGAGACCGUGGAGGACGAGGCCGAAGGCGCGAGGACUCUGAACUACAUGAAGAGCUUCUCGAGGACCCCGUCGCCGGUGGUGCUGUCUGCGAGCUCCUCCCCCGACUCGGGGGCCAACAACAACCCGCCCAUAUACGAGUGCCUGGAGCGGCUGACGGAGCCCGCGCUCUACCGGUCGCGGCUCAACACGGCGCUCAGCCUGGGUGACCAGCCGUCGACGUCCCGGGAGAGGCGCGCCAGGCCCAGGAGCGAGACCUUCACCGCGGCCGCCGAGAGCCUGGACGCGAGCGAGAAGGUGCAGUACGCGUCGCUGCUGCUGGAGCUGCAGCAGGCCCUGCGCUCCAAGAAGGACCGCGGCCAGCAGCCCGGGUCCCCGCAGAGCUCGACCCUGGAGGACGUCUCCAAGGCCAGCAGCCCCGGCGACGACAAGAAGGGCAGCGACGCGGAGUUCUCCAAAGAGCUGGAGGCGGCGCUCCAGCUGAUCCAGGACCUGGAGUCGCCCAACACCGUCGAGACCCCCUCCGAGGCGUGCCGGUCGCUGGAGGGGGUGGAGGUGAUGCCCGCCGUGAUCUGUGUGCGGUGGCGGGACGGCAGUGGCGCGAGUGAGAGCGAGUGCGUGAGCCCCGCGGGGCCCGUGGUAGAUCUCCCCGAGGAGUCCCGCCGGCAGCAGCAGCAGCAGGGUAAGACGACGUCGGUGGUGGUUGUUGCCCCCAGCGGGUCGGAGUCCUCCUCCGGGUACAGCUCUCCGUCUCCGGGCACCUCAAAGAGACCCACUCCCGUCUGCUCCAACCCCCCUUCGGUCAAGGGCAGCGCCGACGACCUGAUCGCCGGGCGGCAAGCCGGCUACGCCAUCCGCAACACCGGCGCUGGUGCGGUCAUAACUCUGUUCUCUCCCGCAGGAGCGGGAGCGCCCUCCCCCGGUUCUAGCAAUGCCAGCACUCUGAGGCUGACGCAGAGCCCGCAGUCCACCCUCAGCUCGACGGGCUCUUCCCGCUGGAAUGUCAAGUCCUUGCUGAAGAGGAAGCCUAGCCAGCUUACCGCGUUGCCUCCGGAGCUGGAAGGCGCGAUCAUUAAGUCCGAGAGUCUAGCCUAUCUUACGGAUCUUGAGCUUCUCGCUAGGCACGCCAGAAACAAGUCCAUUCAGAGGCAAAUUGAGCAGCGUGUGCACCAGAAGAUAAUGGGGCUCUCUCCGUCAGAGUCUAGCUGCUGAGAGGACUCCCUAAGUCAGUCGAGAUGUCAAGUGCACGCUCCGAGACCGCGGAAGACCAAAGGCUCAGCAUUUGAUGCGACACUAUUUUUUAACGAAUCUAGAAAAAAACAAUUUUGUACCGAUUACGAAAGCUGUUAACACCACUCGUGCAUUGUGAACAACUUGAUUAUUUUUGGUAUGGUCAGAUACUUUCUUGGACUGUACCUUCACCGAGAAGAAAGUGGGUUGUGGGUUGGGGGGGAGGACUAGGAAGUGAAAUUUUCAGUGUUUUCUGGUAAUAUUUACAAAACGAUUGUUGAUGAAGUUUGUUGUUACAAAUUAAAAUCAUCUUUGUAAGUACCGCAAUUGUGGCAACUGGAAGUCGACUGUUAACGAGUGAAGAUUGUUAGUGAUAGCAUUGGUGCUGGCGUCGUAUGCUCUUGUGUGAUUCCGAUUGCGCGCGUCUCUCGUACCCAAUGUUUCUAGCGUGUUUUUAAAUAAUUUAUAGCUCUGAAGCCCUUCCUGUGAUUACCUUCUAAUAAUGCGACAGCAACCGUCCAAAGAAGACGCAAGGAAAUUCGGAUUCGUAGCGUGUGUAUGUGAAAUAUUCAUUUGGCUGGUCCUUGAUAUUUAACUCAUGUUGAUAAUUGAUAAUGUUAUAUGUAUAAUCUUUAUUAUUACCCAAAUAGUUGUCAUGGCUAACAACUGUUAUAAGCAUUAUUAUUAUUGUAAGAAACUUGUGAUUGUUAAAAUUAUGUUACGAAUUUCUUGACUGGUUCAAGUUAGAUUUCAUCUUGGAAAUUUCAUAACAUUUCGUGCUACUUCUCAGUCACUAUUAUUGAAACACUACUUUUUAUGCACCUUUAAUUGUAACUUAUAUUGCUAUUAAAAAUAAAUUUAUUUUUAUAAAAAAGGUAAUUUUAAGUGUUGUAAGUUUUGAAUGAUAAAUGUUUGAAAUUCGGUAUGAAAGUGUAAUUUGCAAAGCUUUAAAAAUAUUAUUAUUCUGUUUGAAACUAUUACUAGUUAUAAUAUGUAUUUUUUUCGUAAUCUGUCCGAAAUCGAGAAUAAAUAUCCAAGCAAUGCUCACAUAUGUUUAAUUUUCCUCGAAAGAGGUUAAAUUAUGCCGGUUACACACGAAAUUUUAUAUGAAAACAACGCAUCAGUUAUUGAGGUUAAUCUGAUGAAUUGCAGUCAAUAGUUUUGAAGAAAAGUGUUCUGGAAUUACCAUUUUCUCAUCGUCAUUAUAAUAUAUUGUCAGAGUCUUAAGAUAUACCAAGAGGCAUAGUCCGAAUGAAUACUCACUUAUGUUUAGAGCUAUGCAAAAUGUAUUUUAAAAUUGGUUCAGUUCAACAUCCUCAUAGAAUUUAUUUUGGAGUAUUCCUUAGCAUCUUUUGGAUCAGAUUGUUUCAUGUUUUCUUGGGUUUACUAGGUAACAGUGUGCUGAAAAAUUAUUAAAAUAUUUUGCAUAUCUGCGCAGAUAUCGUUUUCGUCUGAUAUGAGUUACAUUCAAACCAUUACGACAGUAAGGAUUUUAAGUUCAAAAAUUAAAUGUUACAGUUUUUAAUCUUUCUGUUUGAUUAAUUGACCAUUUUUCUUAGUUUAUGGUAUUUUUUUAGUACUUAAGUAUGCCAAUUCUGAGGUGUGAGAGGCUUAAUUGCCCAGACCAAUUUCUACAGAAUGUUUUCUGGCUAACAUCACAAGUUCUCUCUCUUGAAAUACGACUCACAUUGCCUAUAAUUAUUUUAUUUUAUUUUUUUUAAUUUUUGUACGCUCUUAAGACUCUUCUGCAAAUUCAAAGAACGAAAUUUUAAAUAUUUAUUUUCAUCAAUAUAUAUUUGUUACAAGUUAUGUAGCGAACGAAAAUAUAUGUUCACUAUUAGUAGUUAUUUAACGAAGCGCUUAUAAGUUAUUAUAAACAUGCACACAAAUAAUUAAUUAGCAGACAUCGUGAAUAACAGUAAUAAAAUUAAUUUAAUAACUAACACAGUAAAUAAAAGGCAACAUAAAUACCACAUUUUAUUUAUUUUGAGUAAAUAAGUAGUACAAACAAAUGUUAUUACACAAACACAUUAAUGCGAUUAACAAAAUUAAGUUU